CCUCCCCUCUACCGCAGCUAAGUCAUGGCAGGUGGUCCCGUUGCCGCAGCUUCCAGCCGUCGAAAGGCCCUCCAGGGCAAGUCCGGAUGGGCGGGGUUGAUGCAUAAUGCGCGGGUGUUCCUCAUUGCCGUGUUCGCCUCGCUAGGUGGCUUGCUUUAUGGUUAUAAUCAGGGUGUCUUCUCUGGUGUCUUGGACAUGAAGAAUUUUGACAACCGCAUGGGAACCGCAGUCUCAGACCCUAACACCGAAGGGUGGCUUGUAUCUGUCCUCGAGCUUGGUGCAUGGUUCGGCGUGCUUUGCACUGGCUACCUCGCCGACAAAUUGUCAAGAAAGUACACGAUUGUGCUUGCCGUCUGCGUCUUCUGCGUCGGUGUCAUCGUCCAGACAUCCGCAUUCCACCCCUCGUCCAUUUUCGGUGGUCGUUUCGUAACUGGUCUCGGUGUUGGAUCCCUCAGUAUGGCUGUUCCCCUCUACAAUGCCGAGCUCGCACCACCCGAGGUUCGUGGAAGUCUGGUCGCUCUGCAGCAGCUUGCCAUCACUUUCGGAAUCAUGGUGUCCUUCUGGAUCGACUACGGUACCAACUUCAUUGGCGGUACUGGAGAAGGCCAGAGCGAGGCCGCCUGGCGUAUCCCAUUGGCCCUACAGCUCGUGCCUGCCAUCAUUCUUGGUGUUGGGAUUAUGUUCAUGCCGUUCUCGCCACGUUGGCUCGUGAACAAUGGGCGCGAUGACGAAGCCUUGACUGUGCUUAGCCACGUUCGCAGCCUUCCCCAAGACUCAGAUAUCGUGCAAAUCGAGUUCUUGGAGAUCAAGGCCCAGUACUUGUUCGAGAAACAGACGAGUGCUAUCAAGUACCCUCACUGGCAAGAUGGCUCGUUCUCCUCCAACUUCAAGCUCGCCUUUUUCGACUAUCUCAGCCUUGUCACCACACGCACCUUGCUCUUCCGCACGGCCAUUGGUACAUUGACGAUGUUCUUCCAACAAUGGACCGGUGUCAAUGCCAUUCUUUACUACGCACCUACGAUCUUCCAAGAGCUCGGUCUCACUGGCAACACGCUUUCCUUACUCGCAACUGGUGUCGUCGGUAUCGUCAUGUUCCUCGCGACGAUCCCUGCCGUGAUCUGGGUCGAUAAUACGGGUCGCAAGCCCAUCCUCGUCUCCGGAGCCUUCAUCAUGGCCGCCUGUCACAUUAUUAUCGCCAUUCUCACCGGCCUGUUCCACAAGGAUUGGGCCGCGCACAGGAGUGAAGGCUGGGCUGCAUGCGCGCUUGUCUGGGUCUUCGCUAUGGCCUUCGGCUACAGUUGGGGUCCUUGCGCUUGGAUUCUCGUCGCAGAAAUUUGGCCACUCUCAAUCCGUGGCAAGGGUGUCUCUAUCGCCGCGUCAUCCAACUGGAUGAAUAACUUCAUCGUCGGCCAGGUGACGCCGUCCAUGAUAAAGCACCUUGGCUUCGGCACCUUCGUCUUCUUCGGCACAUUCUCAUUUCUCGGUGGCCUCUUCAUCCUCUUCUUCGUCCCCGAAACCAAGGGCCUCGGUCUCGAGGAGAUGGACGAGGUCUUUGGCAGCGUUGGGCUCGCCGCGGCCGACCUGCAGCGUCAAGCCGAGAUCGAGAGGUCUCUCGGCCUUACUGUGUACGACGACGAUCACGAAAAGCGGGAUGUUGAUAGUUACGAUAAGGAUGAGAAGGUGUGAAGCCUUCUCUAUCCACGGUGGAGAUGAUACGCGUUCCCUUUCACGACUGUUCCUUUUCUCGUACUCGUAGUGUACUGUAUAUCACCUUUGAAUUUUGAGCUUUUCCACAUCACUACCCCGCUUGUACCUUCCACACGUGCCGAGAACUCCAAACGGAGCGCAAUACGAUUCGAU